AUGACGUUGCUGCUGGACUCUGCGCGGCUGCUGUUGGCCUUGUCUCUGGUGUUUAACCCUGCGUCCAGUGGAGCCUGUUUAACUGAGGAGUUUAGCUGCACUCAGGGUUCAUGUGUAUCUAAGGAUAGUGUGUGUGAUUUUACUAACAACUGUGUGGAUGGCAGCGACGAGGAAGACUGUUCCAGAUAUAAGAGGUGUGACUUUGAUGAGGGGCUCUGUGACUUGACCCAAAGCUCUGAGUCGUUUUCUGAGUGGAUCAGAACAACUGAGGUACCAGGACUCAAACAUGACCACGCCAACAACCAAUCAGCACAUUUUUUGGCACUUUUCCCUUCUGGAGGAAACACAACCAAAGCAGAUCUAAAGAGUCCUGUAUUCACACCGGAUCAGACCUGCCAGCUGAGCUUCUACCAUUAUGUCGGAGCAAAGCGUGGAGGUCUUCAGGUCCUUAUUGAAACCCAUCCAUCGGGUCAGAGCACAGCGGUGUGGAAUCACUCAUCACAACCACGAAUGGAAACAUGGCUGCAGACUGUGAUUCAGUUGUCCAGUAAUCACAGUUUUCAGGUGGUGAUUCGCGGGGAAAUUUCAGCUGACAGCGAAGCCUCUGAGGUCCUGGCCAUCGAUGACCUAUCCUUCAGUCUCCACUGCGUGACUGCGCCUGAGAGCAGUGUGCCCCCUCCUCCUGUUUGCCCCCUAUCGCAGUUUUACUGUGGCAAUGGGGUGUGUAUAGACGACAGCAAAGUUUGUGACUUCACCCCAGAUUGUCCUCAUGGAGAGGAUGAAGCCAAAUGCCCCUCUGAGUGUGACUUUGAGGACGGUUCUUGUGGCUGGUAUGAGCUGACCCUUGGCGAUGGCUUUGACUGGGUGAGGGGAUCGUCUGUGGAAGUACCUCCAGAGUAUUAUGGCAAUCCGCCGCCCCUGGACCACUCUACCAACACCACUGAUGGCCACUUUAUGUUUAUAUUAAAGAACAGCAGCAGUCUUUAUCCGAGGGCUGUUCUCCGAGGACCGUGGUUCGAACAGUCGGCCUCCGGUUGCACCAUGACCUUCUGGCACUAUAACUCAGGCAUAUCCGUCGGGGCUGCUGACAUGUACCUCCGCAUCAAAGGAGUUGAAAACAACACCAUCAUAUGGAGGACUUUAUACAACCAGGGCAACCGCUGGAACCAGGUCACCGUGCAGCUGGGCCGCAUCACCCGGCCCUUCCAGAUCGCUCUGGCUAAAAUCAGCCUCGGAGUGUUCGACGGCGUCUCUGCUUUGGACGAUGUCACCUUCAAGAACUGCUCGUUGCCUCCCGCCGUGGAGGAUUGCCCCCCGCACACACAUUUCCACUGUGUGCGCACCGAGGCGUGUGUGGAGCACUCACAGCUGUGUGACCUGGUGGACGACUGCGGGGAUGGAUCGGAUGAGGAGGGAUGCUCUCCAGAGCUGCAGUGUAACUUCGAGCACGGCCUGUGCAGCUGGAAACAGGAGCAGAGUGGAGGAGAUGUGUUUGACUGGACACGCAUCCAAGGCCCCACUCCGACGUUGGACACGGGGCCCUGGAAGGACCACACACUGGGCACCAGCUAUGGCCACUACCUCUACAUCGAGUCCUCUCUGCCCCAGGAGUUCAAAGACACAGCUGUGCUCCUGAGUCGAGUCUUCCAGCCGACUCACCGACGCGGCAUGGACCCGUCCAGGUCACGCCACCCGUGUGUUUUCCGCUUCCACUAUCACAUGUUUGGCUCGCACGUGUUCCGCCUGGCCGUGUACAUCAGGACCACAGACACGGGCCGCGAUCAUAUGCUGUGGGUACGAUACGGAGACCAAGGCAACUUAUGGCACAGGAAGUCUCUCUAUCUCAACAGCGCUCGGCCUUUUCAGAUUUUGAUUGAAGGAACCGUUGGAGAUGAUUUCACCGGAGACAUUGCCAUCGAUGACCUUUCCUUCCUGGACUGUGUCCCAUAUGAAGGAGAGCUUCCCACAGUAAAUGUCACCCCCCCUGCAGUGACCACCGCAGCCCCCACCGUCCGGCCCCACAGCUGCCCUGAUGGAGAGUUUGCGUGUGCGGCAUACGGAGAGUGUGUCCCCCACAUCAAAGUGUGCGACUUCAGACGGGAUUGCUCUGAUGGCUCUGAUGAGACCAACUGUGUGAAGGAGCGGUGCGAUUUUGAAGGUGGUGACACUUGUGGUUGGCAGGACAUCGACCCCUCUUUGGUCCCCAUACAUGCAUUCUGCUGGUCACCUGACCAAGGGGAGAGCAUUCAUGAUGGAGAGCAGUACCAUCGUCCAGUUAAUGACCACACGCUAGGCAGCCCUGAAGGUUGGUACAUGUGUGCGGACAGUUCAAACGGUGGCUACGGUCACAUCACUGACAUCUACACGCCCGUCAUCUCCACCACCGGACCUCAGUGCACCCUGGUGUUCUGGUACCACAUGAGCGGAUUCACUGUGGGAUCGCUGCAAGUGUUGCUGAAGUACGGGAACGUCACUCAUGAGGUUUGGUCUCAGACUGGUAACCAAGGCAACAAGUGGAGACGAGGAGAGGUUUUCAUAGGGUUAUCCGAUAACUUCCAGGUGGUAUUCAGAGCUAAGCGAGGGAUCAGCUACAUGGGCGAUGUGGUGAUAGACGAUGUCAGCUUCGUGGACUGCUCCCCUCCGCUGCCAUCGGACUGGCCGUGCACACCUGAGCAGUACGCCUGCGCCAACGGCCAUUGCAUCACCGAGGACAACCUGUGUGACUUCAUCAACCACUGCGGGGACGACUCCGACGAGAACCCCUACAUCUGCAAGGGCUUUAGCGGACGCUGCAGUUUUGAGUUCGACCUCUGUUCCUGGCGCCAGAGUCGAGAGGAUGACUUUGAUUGGCUGAUCAAAGCCGGCAGCACUCCAACAGUUGGCACCGGGCCAUCGACUGACCACACGCUGAGAGAACCGUCUGGGCAUUAUCUCUACCUGGAGAGCUCUUUCCCUCAGGCGGCCGGAGACAACGCCCGCAUUUCAGGACCCUUGCUGAGCCGCAGGAGCUCAGAGUGCAAGAUGCGUUUCUACUAUCACAUGUCUGGAGACGGCAUCGGGACCCUGAGCGUGUUCAGGAGCAGCGAAGGGCAUCUCCACCUGCUGCUGAACCUGACGGGAGACCAGGGCAACUACUGGCAGAUGAGAGAGAUCCCGCUGAGCUACGCCAGAGACUUCCAGGUCAUGUUUGAGGGCAAAGUGGGUCGAAAUCCAAAGGGUGACAUCUGCCUGGAUGACAUCACGUUUUCUCCUGGGUGUCUGCUCGCCUCCUCGGCCGGAGUAGAGGACAGCACGCCUCCGCCUCCUGCAGGCCAUUUUGCCUAUCUGGAAGCUACGCCCGUGGGACUGAAAGGCGAUAAAGCUCAUAUCAGGAGCUCCGUGUGGAAAGAGUCGAGCGCCAUCUGCAAGCUUUCCUUCUGGUACUAUAUUUCCCACAAGGCCUCUGGAACCAUCCGUCUGCUGAUUCAGACGGAGAACGACUUGCGGGAGGUGUGGAGUAAAACGGGCCAUCAGGGAAACGAGUGGAAUCGAGCCGACAUCCCGCUGAGGAAGCUGAGGAACUUCGAGGUGAUAUUCGAAGGGAUCCGCUCGAGGGACGUCAGCGGAGGAGCCGCUCUGGAUGACCUGCAGUUCGUAGACUGUGCUCCAAAUGCUGUGGAGCCAGUCAGCUGUCCUGCAGUCACAGACUUCGUUUGUCGCAGCGGACACUGCAUCGAGUCCCACCUGGUGUGCGACAGCAAGGCCGACUGUGCUGAUGAAUCGGAUGAGAUAGACUGCAACCACAUACUCAGCUUGCCAGGCGCCUGUAAUUUCAACAUGGCCGACGACCAGUGGGAAAAGAGCUGCGGACUUUCUCAGGAGUUCGAUGAUGACUUUGAUUGGAGGAUCAGUCACAGUGCAGGUAGCAGAGGAAAUUUCCUGUAUAUUAACUCGAUGGUUCAGAAGGAGGGUGAAGUCGCCAAGAUGACGACCAGGAGUCCGUUUCCAGCGAGUGUCGGCCUUUGUCACCUGCGCUUCUGGUUCUUCAUGGGCACAUCUGACAAGAUGGGAACGCUGAAGGUCUACACCGUCGGACCCAGCGGCACCCGUCUCCUGAUGUGGGCGGCCACUGGAAACCAUGGCGACCGGUGGACGUACGCUAAUGUCAUCCUGUCCAACCCGGCUCCUUUCAGAGUGACCUUCCAGGCGGAGGUGGGCGGAGACAUGUGGACGGCCAUCGGCUUGGAUGACAUCUCCUACACUGAGGAGUGUAGAGUUGGAGCACCAGUAACUCCCCAGCCUCCGACCUGUGCAUUGAACCAGUUCCAGUGUGCACACUCCUCUCAGUGCAUCCCAGAGAGCUGGAGGUGCGACGAGGAGUUUGACUGUGCCGACCGGUCCGAUGAAGAGGAUUGUCCCAUCGAGGUACCGGGAACUCUUCCUCCUCAGGGCCGAUGUCCCGCUGGGCAUUUCCAGUGUUUGAACAACGUCUGCCUCCCGGCCAUCCUGCGCUGCGACCGGGUCCCUGACUGUCCUCACGGAGAGGAUGAGCACAGCUGCCCUCUGCUGCAGUGUGAGCUGGGAGAACUGGUGUGUGAAGGAUCGCCCGGUUGUAUCCCACUUCAAAAGCGUUGUGACCACUCUGCCGACUGUCUGCCGUUCCUCUCUGAUGAGACCAGCUGCCAUGAUUGUCCUCCGAUGUAUUGCCUGGGUCUUGGCUCAUGUCGGGUGGAGAAACACGGGCCUGUUUGCAUGUGUGAUCGGGGAUGGACAGGAAACCGUUGCAAUGUGAGGAGCAAGCCAACUCUCUCCACGCCGCCGCCGACACCAGACGAAACACUGAUGGAAUCUGUGUAUGUUGGCAUCGGUAUCGGACUGCUGCUGCUGGUCGCCGGAGUCGCCGUCUGCAUUUUGGCUUUGUGCAAGAAAAAAUGCUUCUCAAUAAAACCCAACCCGAUGGACUACGGGGUGAUGGAUAACGCAGCUUCUGACUGCAGAGCAAAGCUCCCAUCCGAUGAAAAGCCAGGCAGUUACCCCGGUGUUAACCCCAGGAGGAGUGACAGCAGGGGGCUUUCCAUCAGUGUCUACCCGUGGAGGAGAGAGGUGGAGCAGGGAUCGACCUGGAGAGACGCCAAGCUGUCCUUCGCCAACCCGAUGUACAAUUACCCCUCCGAUGCUUCUCCUGCACCGCAGUAGAUGCGGGUCAAACAGUGUGUGCUUAUACUUGAUCGGUUUGUCUUGACCCGCUGAGGUGCCAUGUGGUGGGAAACAAUGGAUUUAAGUUAUAUUUUGACAGGGAGGUAUUUGAAAGUCAAA